AUUGGGCGUGACGUGAGCGUAUGACAUACCCUUUGGGGCGGAGGGAGGCGUGGUUGCUCCUGUACGUGGGCGUGUCUCGGCCGCUGUUUGGAGGAGUGGAGAGCAGAGCGGUUACCGCUGCAGCAGUCAGGCACACAGGCGGCGCUGCAGGCAGUCAUCACAGGAGGCGCUGCGCGGCGGCCAGUGGUGUGUGCUGAGUGUGUGCUUCUGCUGGCGGGACCGUUACAGGAGCUCCGUGGGAGUGAGUGUGACGCGGCGCUACCGGUAGCCGCGGAGGGAUGCUGCGGCUAUACUGCCCAGGUUUGAAUCUGUGGCCGAUGGGAAAAGAGUGGCAUUGAAUGCUCGCUGAGGGGCUCUCGGAAGCACGCUGGGAUGUUGCGUCAGAACGGAGGAGGUAACAGGCGUGGAUUAGGAUUUGCCCGGUUUUCUACCUCGAAUUUCUUCACCAUCUCAAAUUCUGCCACCUGGGGAAUGGGGCGAAGCACAAAAAGUAAUUCUCUGAGCAGUGUUAGCACCAAUUCGGAUUGCUAUGACGGCUCUGUUGUGGAUCCAGAGUACAUCAUGCAGCUGGUAAAUGAUGUCCGGAGGUUUGCCGAUGUACUACUCUAUCUGAAAGAAGCCUUCGUAUCUUCAGAAAACCAAGACGGCUUACACCACGUUGUUCAUGAGCGUCUGGGAGAAUUGCUGCGUGUCCUGAAAGGUGUGAUAAGCAAGCACCAAACUCUUAAUUCUGUGGAUAUCCUGGGUGCCGCUGGAACAGUGAUUGCUAAAGUGAAAGCUGUGAACUUCAAAAACAUUAAUGAAGAGAACAGGAGGGAGCAUCUUGGUGAAAUCUUUGCAUCCAUUGAUACUUUAGCCUUCACCUUCGGCAACGUGGUUUCAGAUUUCCUUAUGGGAGAUGUAGAUAAUGGCUCAUCAUUUGGACUUCAUGCAUCACGUAGAAGUCAGUCCUUUGAAAAUCUCUCAGUGGAGGACUCUGCUGGAUCAGUUCAUGAGAGAGAUGAACUUCAAGGCCGUCUACGGGCAGAAGAAGUGGACAACAUGCUCCUGCGGAAUGACAGUGGCGUUGAAUCGGCUUUAUUGUACGCUAAAGCAUGGUCAAAAUACACCAAAGAUAUUCUGGCCUGGGUAGAGAAAAGGCUUAAUGUGGAAGCAGAAGCUGCUAGAAAUCUUGCAAAAAUGGCUGAAACAGCUAAAUCCAUUGUCGGCCCUCAGGAGUUUAUGCCUUUCCAGCCUAUUUUCACAGCAGCUUUUCAGAAUGACAUUGACUGCAGCCAGUUAUGUUUGCAAACCAUGUCUGCACUUCAGAGUAACAAGUUCAUUCAGCCUCUUCAAGCUCGAAGAUCAGAGCUCGACAGACAAAGGAGGGAAAUUAAAGACCUUUGGCAGCGAGAACAGAAGAAAAUGCAAGAGCUGGAAACUGCAUUACGGAAAGCUAAAUUAUUAAGUGUUCAACGGCAAGAUGAGCACGAGAGAGCAAAAUCCAGCACUGUGCGUGCCGAGGAGGAGCAGCUCAGUAUGUCUGGAGGACUCGUGAAAGAUGGGAGCAAACAAGUGGAAAAGAGGAGACGUAUGGAGGAAGAAGCCUUACAGAAGGCAGAAGAAGCGAAAGACAAUUACAAGGCGUGUGUGGCAGAGGUGGAAGCUAAGAGGAGCAGUAUGGAAAAUGUUAAGAGUGAAAUCCUAACGCAGAUUCGAGAGCUUGUUUAUCAGUGUGAUCUCACCCUAAAAGCGGCAACAGUGAACCUGUUCCAGAUGCAGCAUGCCCAGGUGGUAUCGCUGCCUGUUAGCUGCCAGUCUCUCUGUGAGAAUGCCAAGCUUUAUGAGCCGGGGCAGCAGUAUUCAGAGUUUGUGAAGAGCCUGCCCAAAGACGACUGUGGCAUUGAAGUAGGAUCUUGUGACGUGCCAAAUACACAGAUUGGGAGGCCACUUUUGUCAAAAGGAGAAGAGAACAGUGCACACGCAUCACAUGGAAACUUGUCUCAAGGCUCAGCUGAGUACCCCACUCAGUCUCCAGAAGACAUGGGCAGUCCUGUCCAUAGCCGCUCUCAUAAGAAUGGGCAGAAGAGGUCUAGCAGCAGCACUGAUAUACAGGCAGUAAGAGGGCCACCAUUUAGGUCGUGGUCAGUGGGCAACCAGAGCAGUGGCAUGUGCAGCGAUUCUGAGAGCGCAGGGGGCAGCAGUGAGUCACGUUCCAUGGAUUCUCCAUCAGCUAGUCCAGGGGACUUCAAAAGACGGCUUCCACGGACUCCAUCCACAGGCACAAUGUCAUCAGCUGAUGAUUUAGAUGAGAGGGAGCCUCCUUCCCCUUCAGACAAUGGUUUGGGUGACCUUGUUUCUGAGAUCGCAAAUUCCCCGGGACCUUUUCGGAAUACCAUCAUGUCCAAGGCUGCCCAGACACACAAGCUGCGAAAAUUAAGAGCCCCCUCCAAGUGCAGAGAGUGUGACAGUUUAGUGGUGUUCCACGGGGCGGAGUGCGAGGAGUGUUCUCUUGCUUGCCAUAAGAAGUGCCUGGAAACAUUGGCCAUUCAGUGCGGACACAAAAAGCUUCAUGGAAGACUUCAUCUCUUUGGAGUGGAUUUUACUCAGGCUGCUAAGAACACAACCGAUGGCAUUCCUUUCAUUAUCAGGAAGUGCACCUCUGAGAUAGAGAACCGAGCACUCUCCAUAAAGGGCAUCUAUCGCGUAAAUGGAGCAAAGUCUAGAGUGGAGAAACUGUGUCAAGCGUUUGAAAAUGGAAAAGACUUGGUGGAACUGUCAGACCUGUAUGCACACGACAUCAGCAACGUCCUCAAGCUCUACCUCCGACAGCUUCCAGAACCUUUGGUUUUGUUUCGCCUUUACAAUGAAUUGAUCGGAUUAGCCAAAGAAAGUCAGCGUGUCACUGAUGAAACAGACUUUAAAGCAAGCAGCGCACCAUUAAUAAGACAGCCUUCUGGCGUUGAACUGAACAGGGUUAUUAUUAAAAUAAGAGACUUGCUGAAACAACUGCCACUGACUAACUACAACACAUUACAGUUCUUGGUGGGACAUCUUCACAGGGUAACAGAGGAAGUAGAAGAAAAUAAAAUGACUGCUAGCAACCUCGGGAUAAUAUUUGGGCCCACCCUGCUUAGGCCACGUCAGACUGAUGCAACUAUAUCGCUGUCCUCUCUUGUGGAUUAUCCGUAUCAGGCCCGUAUGGUGGAGCUACUCAUAACUUACUAUGACAAGAUAUUUGAUGUCUCCCGUGAGAUGUGUAACCCUGUAGUAGACAACAGCUCUGAUAAGACAAAUCUAGCAGAGGAUAGAGAACCCCAGCAGAUAAGGAAAUCGCAGUCCCUGCCAGUUGGAAAUGAGAGCAUUUUGCUGUCCAAACGUGGAGGCUCCCUGGAUGAAACAUUCAUUUUUAAAGGUGUGGAGGGGAGGGAAAGCCGAAGUCACAGUAUGGACAUAGUAGAAGAGAUUGAGAAUAAUUUGAGUGAUCAUGAAGCAGAGUUACGGAGAGACUCUUCCUCCUCCGAUGCCGUCAGUCCUGUGUUUGCAUUGCAGGAUUCAGAAGAACAAGAUUGCUCAAUGGAUACCAUUUCAGAUGGUGAUAUUGCCCAGGGAAGGAACAGCAUUGAAGAACUUUUUAAGACAAACAUCUCCGUACCUGUAAAAUCUUAUAGGCAAAUAACCAAAGUUCAACUGAGGGCUCCUCGGGCCAAGCCAGUGGUUCGCCCUGUAAGUUUACCUGUGGAUCGAGUUCUUCCUCCCUCUGUUUUGAACGAGAGGAAUUCCAGGAAUGUGGGUGUCACUGGUUCGGACAAACUUGGCAAGAGUCCUAUUAUUGAAGAGAUGUCUGAGACCAAGCCUUUUCCUACUAGCAGCUCUAGCAACAGACUUUCAUGUUAUGACCCCCAGAGCUAUCGUAAAACUUGGGAUAAGCAAUACAAACAAUAUGACAUAACUCCAAGGACUGCAAUGAUAAUGACUAAUGUACCACAGGAGAUAAGAGCACAUGAUGGUGGACCCACUACUUUGCCGUCUAGCACCAUGUGUGUCACUGCAACGCUGCCAAAACUAUCAUCUGUAACUCAACUCAAGCAAGGUGUCAUUGCCACAGAGGGCAGCUCUUCAGAAUCUAAUAUACUUGCCUCUUACCGGGCACCGAGAACUUUGUUGCCCCCACCAGGAACUUUUUACAAACCACCUUCCUACAAACUGAAGCCAAGCGAAGAGACUUCGCAAAAUGACGUUACAUCUGCAAGUACUGGGAAAAUCCAAUGUCAGGUCAACAACAAUAAUGUGAAUUUAGUUGUCGACUCAGAUCUGGUAUCUGAGAUUCAAGGACAAGAUAAAAAUACACAAAAAACCAAACCCGAGGAACUCCCGGCAUCAGAUGUAAAGCCAACAUUUCCACGACUUCGGCCAAAGCGCAUGCAGGAACUGGAACAUAGAGAGGCGCACUUUGUGUAACACAAGAACUGCAGUGUACCGUCUCAGUUGUGGAGGACCCCAACGUGCCAUUUUUCAGAAUUAUUUUUAUAAAGACUUUUAAACUGGAAAAAUGUAUAAUUUAAAGUUAUGUUGUGCUUUCAUAUACAAAAUUUAUAUUUGUUUGCAUUGCUCAAAUAUGAGCCGUUUAUAAGGUGCACUUAGUGAAAUAUGAUACUCUAAAAACUAAAAUGCUUAUUUAUACCAUGAAACAGUAUUCAUAUAUGGAUCAAACUGUUUUUAAUGUACAUUUGUUCAGUAGUUGAAAAAAUAUAUAUUGCUUUUAUGACGGCAGCAAAAGUUUUUUUUUAACUUGCUGAAGGAAGGCAUGUAAUCUGUGCAAUUCAAACUUUGCAUCUGUAUAGAAAAUGUAUAAAAGCCAGUGAGGUGCAUCUGUUAUGCCUGUCUGUUCAUCCAUUGCCAUUUUCUGUUAAUGUUAUUUUUACUGAGACCAUGCACUUAAAAAAAAUUUUUUUACAAAAGCUAUAAAACGUGUAAGAAUCUGCCCAGCACACAAAUAGUUACUGAGAUAAGUCCCAGAAUUCAGUGUCUGACAAGGGAUUCUGGGAAAUGUAGUCCAGCAACUGAUGGAGUGCUAUUGGUUUUUAACACCCACUAUAAACUGUUACAUAACUGUUUUCUAGUCCUCUUGUCAUUCGCUCAUCUGUAUGUCUCUUACAUUCUGAUUAUUUGAUGUUGAUGUGUUUUCUUAUUGAUGGCCUCACUUUUUAGAGUUAAAUCCAUAUUAAUAUACAAGUUGCCUUUAUACGGAAGAACUGAGUAACAGUCCCAAAUAGGGUGGCAAAUCCCGGGACAUAUUUUCAAUACCAGGAAUCAGGUUUGAAAAGUGAUCAAUCCCGGGGUACUAUGGUCUGGGCGGGAGAAGAGGUCCACUUGCUGUGGGGCGAUGAGGUCCAGAUGGAUUGUGUCAUGCUGCGCAGUGUGACAACUGACAUCACGCUGCACAGUGCGCACAGCUGGGGGCAUGGGGAACGUCUGAGCCUCCUGAGGAGGCUCAGCGCUGCCUGGCAUUAAAAAAACUAAGGGGACUGGCUAAUACCAAAAUCUCGGGAUUGGAAGCCAGACAAUUUUUGCCCGGGAUCCCCAUGAUCCCAAUCCCGGGAUUGGCCACCAUAGUCCCAAAUAUAAAUGUAAAAGUUUUUCAUUACUAAGACAGAACUUUAAGAUAUCACUCAUUGUACUUAGGUUUGCUAUGCAGCCUAUUCCGUUAUCAGCCUUUGAGAGAGGUUUUCAAAUUGCUAUCCAUGUUUCAAACUCUAUCUCUCAUCUUCUGCUACGUUAGGCUCCUGAAACUUUUAAACAUAACUUGUAUUUUAGGUUUUGCCAUUAUUCAAAAUUUACUUUUGUAUACUGUGGAGGUGGGCAUUUUUUUUGGAGGCUAAACCAAUAUGCAUCCUUCAUGUUAAGAGGCUAGCAGUAUUUUCUGCCUCAGUGAUGUCACUGAUUCCUAGGAAUGUGAUUGGCUGCUUCUUGUGAAACGUUUUGCUGCCUCUACUGUGAAUAGGGAACAGAUGCCCUUUAAACAAACAUAGCUCUGCCUCUUAAUGGCACUGUGAGUAAUUAAUGGUGUUCAACUCAUUUUCAUCUAUUUAUCUGUUGCCAUAGUCGGUGUACAGGAAAGUCCUAUAUAUUUAUUGGGGUGGGGUGGGGGGGCAUGUGUGCUGGUUUAAGUAAUCAGAGCAAAACAUGAAAACGUAAGCAAAAUGACCAUAUACAACCAAAUGACUACCAAAUGUCUGUCUCUGCAUCCAGUGUUCUUUUGUAUUAAAUAUAUUUUUUUUUAUAUACAAGUAAACUGUUACGUAUGCUCAGAUAUAUUAACGUUUUAACAUAUUUUCAGAGCUCAUGGUUUAUAUAAUCUUUUUUUUUUUUAACUUAUUAAAAUGUAGAUUAUAGAACUGUGGCUUAUUUUAAUGCUUGUGCUUCGAAUUUUCACAUCUUUUUAAAACUAUUGUCAGUCUAAAAUGAAAAGCGUUUUGUGCACAAAUGUAUAUUACAGUGGGGUUUUUUCAUAUUAAAAUAUAAAGUAUUUUAU